ACACACUCUGAUCUUAAUAAUAAGUAUCUUUGUUUCAAGGUAAUUCACUCAUUGCUCCUCUUUGGCUCCUCCCUUCAUACCGUAUCUUAGCAACAGAACGCUUUACUAGCUGAGCCUUUUACAGAGGAAGCGAGCUGUAUGUUUGUCGACAGUAUGUUUUAAGAGUAAGUAAGAGUAAGUAGUAGUAAGUCGUGACAUUUUUAAUAACGCUGUCGUCUAUCAAUUGUAAAACAGAAAGUAGCACAAGGUUUGCUGAUAGGCCAUUUCGAAUGAAAUGUAUGGCUAGGUUUGCGUAUGAUUUAAGUAAACCUAGCUAACGUUAGCCAGCGUGAGACCGUGUAAAUUGUGUUUAGGACAUUAAGAUGAAGCAAACUAUUUAGUUUGUGGGUAAGUUAGAUAGACCUCAUUCAAUAGGUUUGGCCGACAACGCUGGACAAUACUGACUCCUGAAUGAUUGCUCGCGUUGUGUUUAUUUAGCCAUAACGUUAGUUACUUCGAUUAUUGUCUUGCAGAGAUGCUUAAGGUUGCCGUCGGUAACUUAUCCUGAAAUGACGUUAACGUUAAAUUGUCAACAGUGGCGGACUUAUAGUAUGAAACAAUUCAAUGCAACUCAAUUUUAUGUAUAUAGCGCCACAACAAUAAAAUUGUCUCAAGGCGCUUUACAGUAAAGGGCUGAACCCCCCUGGGGCAAGCUGGACGGACUGAAAAUGGUGUGUCACCUUUCAACCAAUCCUUUGCAGCUGGUCUAUUUCUCCGUCGUUACAUGAUGUCCGACGCUAGUGGCUGUCAGAAAGACUCCUCUGACGCCUCUAGAUCCAGUUCGGAGGAACAGCAGUCAAAACAUGCCGAAGCCAACCUUGAUGUAAAAAAUGGCCCGGAGUCCCCUGAUACUGAUCAGGCCCUCAGAAAUGUUUCACAAGAGCGGGAGUCUCAUGUCUACACAGCUACCUCCAUUAUCCUGCCCAGUCGGCAGAAAACAACCAGAAACCACCCGCUGACUCUGGACUGGGCCUUUGGCAUCAACAGCACACUCCCAGUGUUCUGUCUGCAGGAUGGAGAGGGUCUGGUCAUUCUGUACGUGUGUGCACACGUGGCCGUCAUGUAUGACCACACCACGAACACACAGCACCUGCUUCAGGGCCACUGCAGUCCGAUCUCCUGCGUAUGUGUGAGUGAGGACCGCCGCUGGCUGGUGACUGCAGAUAAGGGUCAGGACAGUCUGGUCAUUGUCUGGGACACAUACACUGGCAUCCCUGUGCGGACGUUGUUUGAUUGUCAUCCUGAAGGGGGCACUGUUGCACUGGCCCUUUCUCAUGACUCCAAACACCUGGUGUCAGUGGGAGCUACAGACGUGCAGCAGCGUGUGUGUAUCUGGGACUGGAGCAGUGAUUCAGAGAGUCCUUUGUGUGUAACAGAACUUCCGGAAGAGUUUGGCACUCAGAAACACAUCCUGUUCAAUCCCAGUGACAAUACCCAACUGCUUAGCACAAGUGAGAGCAGGGUGUUGUUUUACACAAUGGAGGGGACGACUGUGCAGUACUCGGCCCCUGAGAUCUCAGACAAGACCUUUAAGAAGGUGGUGGGUGCGUUCACUCGCUCCGUGCUCUCCGGUGAAGGAGACCAGGCCUUCAGUGCCACCUCACUGGGCAACCUGUUGAUCUGGGCACGGAGGACCGACGGAACAGGAUCACGCUCAAGCUACACCGCACUCAAACUUGUCCCCCUACAGGAGGAUGCCAUUACUGCACUCACACAAAUAGACAGCUACAUAGUCACGGGUGACAGCAGGGGUCAUGUGAAAUUCUAUGACAGCAUGCUGAAGCUGAUCAGUCAUUACAGCGACUUCAACCUGGACUCCAUCAGCUCACUCUCAUUCGCCACCAAGCUGCCCAGCGCCCCCAAGGGCCACCCCGACGACUGCACUCUCACAGCCAGGCCCUUCAUCAUUCGGAACCUGGUUAUCUCCACGGCGACGGCUAUAGUUGUGCACGUGACCUCUCAGGAAGGAGUAGUGCAGACGCUGCUGAAGGAGCAUGCUGAUUCGCUGCAGGCUGUGGCCUGUCACCCACGGCAACCUGUCGUUGCCAUGGGCAGCAACAGUGGCAUCCUGAAGUUGUGGAACUACGAGAAGAAAGGCCUGGUGUGCAGCCGACUCUUCCAGAAGAACCCGCGGAUCCAGUGUCUGGCCUACGACCCCUACGGUGUGUAUCUGGCCGCGGGGUUCACCAGUGGAAUGGUGUGUGUGUUAGAUGGCUGCUCCCUUCUUUCAGAGGACCCGGACAGCUUCACCUUCAGCUCCGACUCCAUCACACACAUCGCCUUCUCACACGACUCCCUUUACAUGGCCACUGCAGACGAGGGGAAGGCGGUGACGCUGUUCCGCCUGUGUUCAGAGGAGGGGGGUGCCCAGUGCUGGCGCUACCAGGGGCGCCACCACUCCCACUACCGGCCCAUCCAGGAGCUGCUGUUCGGGGAGCAGCUGGACACCGGGCGGCCCAGACUCCUGUCCCUGGGAGAGGACCGCAGGCUGGUGGAGUAUGACCUGAAGGCCAGUGGUGAUGACAGACUGGUGGUUCUGAGCGCUGAGAGGAUUGAGCAGAGCGGCGUGCCCACGUGCAUGAUCUGGUACCCGCCGCUCACCACAGAGCACUUCCUGCUCACCGCAUCCCACCUCUACAAGAUGAAGCUCUACAACAGCACCACCAAGAUGUGCAGGAAGACAUUGCUGGGCCCCUGCUUCGGCUCCCCUGUGAGGAAGAUGAUGUUACUGCCACAGAACAACGAUGGAGACUCCAAAGCCCGCUACAUGGCCUACAUCACCACAGACAAGGUGGGGGUUCAGAUCCUCCCUCUGGAUGGCAACCCUUACCACCACAGCGCCCAGCUGUGCCACCCCAUGGGUGCGUCCAGCAUGGCAGUGUCCCACGAGGGGCGCUACGUGUUCACGGCGGGGGGGGCCGACCGCACCGCCUUCUGCUGGGAGAUCAGCCUCAGUGCUCUGGAGGCAGCAGCAGCUCUGGGCGGUAAAGACCUCGUCCCUUUCUACAGCCUGCUGGAGGGAGGCAGAGAUGGUGAACUAUUUAGGGAAAUGGAGGAUUACUUCUACUACAGCCAGCUGCGCAGUCAGGGCCUGGACAGCAUGGCGACGCGGCAGGUGUCCACCCACAUCCCGCUGGCAGAGGUGCCCUUCGUCAUGAGGGCGCUUGGCUUCUACCCCACCGAACAGGAGCUGGAGGACAUGCAGAAUGAGGUCAAGUUCAGUCGCUACGCAGAGACGGGCCAGUACGUGACCCACGUGGACCUGCCCGAGUUCAUCCGGCUGUUUGUGAACCACCGCCCCGUGCUGGGCCUCAGGCUGCCAGAGCUGCAGUGGGCCCUCGCCGUCCUGGGGGAGAGCGCAGACGACGACGACGCAGGGCAGGCGCAGAUCCCCCGAGACCGACUGAUGGAGCUGCUGCAGGCCAGGGGAGAACACAUGACAGAGGAAGAACUGGCGGAUUGUUUUAGCACACUGCUGGGGGUCAACCCAGAGGGUGGGAGGUGCCAGUCAGGCGCUAUGAAAUGGCAAGGUGAGAGCUCACACAGAGCACACACACUCAACUUUCAAUUUCAAUUAAAUUAUAUAUAUACAGUACCGGUCAAAAGUUUGGACAUACUUUCUCAUUUUUUGAGAAGUUUUUUCUUUAACACCGAGAAACUCCUCGAGACAGAGAUCCCCGCAGAGAUCACCUUGGAAACAUUUGUUAAAGGCGUCCUGGGGCUUCCUCUUAGCAACCAAGAGGCCGCAGGAUCCUCCUCCUCCUCCGACACCUCCGCACUUCUGCCUCCGAACGUCACCGAUGAAAUACUGUCAUAA